CACGACAGCAGAGGGGCUGAGUUAACUCCACCAGACUACCACAAGACACUCCUACCGACACUAAUUUAUAGCUAGGAUGCACGCAUACAUCCUACAUUUACAACGGAAACAGCCAUCAUAUUAAUGAAACUAGUCUAUCUGCAGUACUGAUAGAUCUUUUCCCAGACAGAUGCUGAGAAUUUGGACCCUCCUUGCAACUGCUAUUUGUGCAGUGCCAGUCUCUGCAAUAUCUCAGAGGCUUAUAAUCCAUGGCAAUCAGUUGACUCUGGAUCUUCCUGAGAGGACAAAGAGGUUGGAGUUUGUUAGUGCUGAUGAGAUUGAAGCAUAUACUAUCUGGGAACACAAAACCUUUUCUUUCCUGCCAAGUAAACCCAGUAAAGGCGAAGUGAGCAGCUCAAAUAAGGACUGGAAGUUCAGAAUCAGACAUGUUACGUUUGACGAUGAGGGAAGCUACACCUUGUACAAUUACUUUGAUUCAACCAUCUCCAGUUAUAUAGUGAAGGUCAAGACCAGCAGAGAGAUCAUUGAUCGUAUCGCAGGUGAAACUCUGAGCAUAUCUCUGGCAGGACUCAAGCAGAGUGAUGCCACACUGCACUUUCACAGCAAUUAUUCAUCUCUCCUCCUGGUGGAGAAUGGAGUUCCUGUGGGACGGGACCACCCAGACUACUUAAACCGACUUAAAGUGAACCGCGAAACCAUUCAGAUUCUCAAUGUAAAUGUAUCAGAUUUAGGAAGAUAUGAGCUUACUGAUCUCAAAGGAAGACUUGUCUCAAACAAUACAAUGAUACUAGUGGAUCAACAUGACUAUGCCCCUAAUAAAGGUCUAAUAGCUCUACUGCUGCUUGGGAUUCCUGGAGGAAUCUGCUUCUGCUGCAGAAAGAGAAUCUGCAAAAGGUGCCGGACAUCGAAAUCAUACACACAAACAAGGCAGUUCAACACCGAACCAGUGUCUAUACCUUGCAGCAACAUUGUGACUGUUCCUGAAGGUCCUGGAGACCCUGGCCAGGGCUACAACGCUGGUUAUCCACCUCAUCCAGAUCAAGGUCAGAUUCAUUAUCCUUAUCCACCAGAGUCGGGUGGACACCCUGCUGUUCCUCCUAACCCUGGCUUUUAUCCUGAGUAUGUGCCUCAAAACCCUGUCUAUCCUGCUGACUUUGGACCUGGACAUCCCCCUGCUCAGCCGCCUCCGUGGAAUGCUCCUCCGCCCCAGUAUAACCCUUCUGCACCUAUGAACUAUACACCAGCAAUGAACAGUGCUCCUCCUGGACCCGAACCCACAGGGAUGAAUAUGAAUUUAUUGCCACCAACUGCACCUCUGCUCACACCUCAGCCUGAGUUGCAGCCGUCUGUCAUGAGCAGCAUUCCCACGGAUAUCCUUAACUCCAGUGACUCUGGUGUCCAGUUUGACAUUAACAAAGGAAAGUCUUCUGGCAACAACUUCCUGUAGUUGCUCCAAAAUCCUGAAUAACCACUGUAAGGGAUAUAGAAGCAAACACUUAGCUGUUCAUUAGACUCAUACAAAAUUCAAGCCAUAAAAAGAAAAAGAAAAGUAUUUGGUCUGAGAACUAAUAGGACCUUAAUUAAAACUACUACUUCAAUAUUUUAUGAUGAGACAUUUCAGGAACACAGUCUGGCUUAAGUUAAAUAGAAGGAUGUUACAAUAAUAAUUAUUAUUUAUAUAUAUAUAUAUAUAUAUAUAUAUAUAUGUGACCCUGGACUACAAAACCUGUCUUAAGUCACUGGGGUAUAUUUUUAGCAAUAGCCAAAAAUCGUUGUUUGGGUCAAAAUUAUCUAUUUUUAUUUUAUGCCUAAAAUCAUUAGCAUAUUAAGUAAAGAUCAUGUUCCAUGUAGAUAUUUAUUAUCGUAAAUAUAUAAAAACUCUUUUGAUUAGUAAUAUACAUUAUAUACAAGAAUUCAUUUGGAGAACUUUAAAGGCGAUUUUCUCUAUUUAGUAUUUUUUUGCACCCUCUGAUUCCAGAUAAUCAAAUAGUUGUAUCUUGAACAAAUAUUGUCCUAUCCUAAUAAACCAUACGUCAAUGGAAAGCUUAUUUAUUUAGAAAAAUUGACACUUAAGCUUUGUGGUCAAGGGUCACAUAUUAACUACUGUACCUCAAAUCCCUGUUAACCCUCUUUUCCAAUGAAAAAAAAGCUUAUUUUUUCUUAUGUCUAAAUGUUACUCUCUUGCUGCUCUUUAGUAGCAGUAAAAAAAAAAGCUGUUGAAUCAUACAAAUGAAAAUAUAUUCCAUAAAUGUGACACUGACACACAAAUGUUUGGACAUACAUGUGUGUUGGGUGUGUGUGAACCACUCCACAAUGAUACAAAUCCACCUGCUCUUUAGUUUUUAAUCCCCAUUAAACCAAAUCAGUCUCACUAGGCCUGUCCUAUUGAUUCUCUACGCUAAAUGACAUCACAUUACUUUAACCCCACCCUGUUUUGGCGGUUGUACGCUCUCCUCCAUUUUUUGCAUGUUUGAGCAUGUAUAAUAUCAACAAUAUCUGGUAAAGCAAUCUGGUUGUUUUGUAUUUAAGUGUUAGACUGAACAUAAAAGUCCUCAUUUUCUCCCAACAUCUGAGUUGCUGAGGACGCAGCGGACUACUUCUAUUUUUGAAGGUAAUGUGCAUUAAAAUCUAGCUAAAA